GCCUCACCGCCCCAGAGAGAGGAGUCAGGCGGGUGGCAGCAGCGUGGAGGGAGGCCGCCGCCAGAGGACCCCUAGAGCGGAGGCUCAGGUGGUGGCCGGACUCCGCGGCUGCGCGGCCAUUGUUGGAGGCCCAGGCUGCCCGCUGCCUGACCACGCACCACAGGGACUUGGAGAAGGAGGAGCAGCUGGAAGCGGUCCCUGGGAACUUCUGGAGUCCCUGGCACUCGCGGUUGGGCGCGGGGUGGAAGAGGAGGGAUGCCAGUGUGAAGCGGGAGCACAGCGAGCCCCGCCCCGUGGGCCCGGACUUCUGCCCAUACCCAUCCAGGGUCACUGCUGCUUGACACUAACUAGGGCCUUCCCAGGUGUCUCCGCCCCCACCCUGGUCACCUCUCAGGCCUACCAGGCCUGAGGCUUACCAGCACCUAAUGGAUGACAAAAAGAAGAAAAGGAGUCCCAAGCCCUGCCUGACCCAGGCAGCCCAGGCCCCAGGCACACUACGCAGGGUCCCUGUGCCAACUAGCCACAGUGGCUCUUUGGCCCUGGGACUCCCUCAUCUACCAUCCCCCAAGCAGCGGGCCAAGUUCAAGAGAGUAGGCAAGGAGAAAUGCCGCCCAGUACUGGCUGGAGGUGGGGGCGGCUCUGCAGGCACGCCCUUGCAGCACUCUUUCCUGACUGAGGUGACUGAUGUCUAUGAGAUGGAGGGGGGUCUGCUGAAUCUGCUCAAUGAUUUCCACUCCGGCAGGCUGCAAGCCUUCGGGAAGGAAUGCUCCUUUGAGCAAUUGGAACAUGUUCGAGAGAUGCAGGAGAAGCUGGCCCGGCUGCACUUCAGCCUGGAUGUGUGUGGGGAAGAGGAGGAUGAGGAAGAGGAAGAGGACGGAGUCACGGAGGGGUUGCCUGAGGAGCAGAAGAAGACUAUGGCAGACCGCAACCUGGACCAGCUGCUUAGCAAUCUGGAAGAUCUUAGUAAUUCUAUACAGAAACUGCACCUGGCAGAGAAUGCUGAGCCUGAGGAGCAGUCAGCUGCAUAGGAGUAGUACCCAGGCCCACACUGCCUCUUUCAUUCUCUUCAAACUGUGACUUCCCUUCGUGGUGGUGCACGCCUAUAAUUCCAGCUACAUGAGAGACUGAGGCAGGAGGAUCUCAAGUUCAAGACCAGCCUGUUACAUUUAGACCCUGGCUCAAAAUUAAAUUUUUAAUAAAGGAAUUGGGGUAUAGGUCAGUGGCAGAGCGCUCGCCUAGCAUGUGCAAGGCCCUAGGUUUCAGCCCCAGGACCGGGAAAAAAAAAAAUGACUUUACGGACUCUGGUGUUUCGCAGCUCCCCAGGUGCUAUGAAGUUGGGGACAUUGGAUGGAAUUAAACCAAAAAUAAAAAGUAAAAAAGUG